GCUUUCAACAACCGGCCCGACCUGACAGGAAGUAGAGAAACUGCAGCAAAGCUGCGAGUUAGCAACUCGCUAGCGCCAUAAACCGACGGGUUCGCGUUUAAAAACUCCCCUAAAAAUGCUUUACACGCAUCAUAAAGUACAGUUACGUUGAAUUUCUUCAGAAUAUCGACCUGUCAUUGCUAAAACCAUGUCGAAGAGAAAGCGAAGAGAGAGCGAGGACAGACGGGAGCACAAGAAACCCAAGACGUCCAAAAAUGAUAUGGAGAAACUGAAGACACAAACGAAGAAACUCAACCAGGAGGUGCAAAAACUGAAACACAUCGAGACUUUCUAUGAGAAGCCUCCACCAGGGUUCAUUAAGGAGCACGAAGAGAAACCAGAGGACUGUAUUCCUGCCGAUCCUGGAAAUGAAGACGCCAGGAACUUCCUGGCAAACGCCCCCACCAAGGGGCUGUGGAUGCCUCUGGGGAAGGAGGUGAAGGUGAUGCAGUGUUGGAGAUGCAAGCGCUAUGGUCACAGAACGGGAGACAAGGAGUGUCCUUUCUUCAUCAAAGGCAACCAGAAACUGGAGCAAUUCCGAGUUGCUCACGAAGAUCCUAUGUAUGACUUAAUCCGAGAAAACAAAAGAAAUGAAAAAGAAACCAGAAUCCAGCAGCUGCAGCAGCUCCUCCAGGACACCACCUCCUCCUCUUCAUCAUCCUCAGACUCGGACAGCUCUUCCUCGUCGUCCUCCUCAGACCAUCAUCGCAAGAAGAGGAAAAAAAGGAAGGACAAGAAGAAGAAGGAGAAGAAAAAGAAGAAAAGGAAGCGAAAGCACAAAUCAUCUAAAACUACUGACAGCUCAGAUUCAGACUGAGGCUCUGAGCUUCUGUGCUCUCGGCAUCAAAACGACGGUCUGUAAAUGCAGGAAGAGGCUUGAACAGCAGCAGCUGUAGAUCCUGGACUGUAAAAUCCAGUUUGUCCUGCAGAGUGCACUGAGGAGACUCAUUUUGAGCCUUUCUCAGUCGGUCCUCUCUGUAAAGCCGUAUAUUCGCUGUGCAUGACCUCUCUCAGAUGUUUCCCCCCCCACCGGCUUGGCCAGAUCUGCAUGACGACAGUCCAAAUAUCCUGUUACGACAAAAUAACAACAGCGUCAUACAAGAUUGUAAUGUUUCUUUUUAUGUUAACCUGGUCAUUUAAUCAAAUAGUGAUUGUAAUGAGUUAAAUUCGCCGAGGUGGAAAAAAAAAGAAAAGCUGCAGUUGGUUCAUGUUUUCCACUGAAACCAGAAUGUUUGUAACGGCCCAGAAAUGUUCGGAAUGAUUUGAGGUUGGAAUAUGCUUAUUUGCUUUUUAAAAUGGCCACAGAAAGAAGAAAAGAUUGUAUGUGAAUAAAGUUUCUGUACCAGAAGGAUAA